AUGCAAUGUGGCCCUGACGACCGUCACGUGCGUGCGUACAUGUGCAACAUGUCCGAGUGGAUGAAGCGUUCGAGCCCACCCAACGGCUUCGAAUCUAUGCGUCAAAAGUGGAUCCAAUACGCCAAGAACACGGCGACCACCGAGAUCACCAUGCAUCCGAAGCGAAACCUCGUCCAUCCCCUUCAAUUUGAAGUAAAUGAGCUCAGGCGCCGUAUCAACGCGAGUGACUCUGUCCUGGAAAGCGAGGUUGCCAAACGACAAAAACUGGCCACCAAGGAUGAAUGGCAUUUUGCAAUGGCCCUUCAGAAGCGCAAGGCCAUCGAGGCCGGUGUGGAAUCUUCUCCUGUGCAGCCAAAGCGCCGUGCCAGUAUAUUGGAGCUCAUGGCGAAAUCACCUGAAUGUCAUCAGCUGCCGGUUAUCGACUCUCUCGAUACCGCGAUCGAAUAUUUGAGCUGA